AUGAGGCGAUUCGCAAACUUCCCGAGCUACAGUCUGCGGAAGCUGAUGAGCGAGCGGAGGAUGACGGGCAAGAAAGAUAUACAUCAGAGGACGCAGAUGGUACCCUCGAGAUUCUCGACCAGUUCUCCUGGAACACUUUCAGGGCAAGGCCCUAAUGGAGAGCGACCGCUAUUUGAGCAUUGUGAAGACGAGCCUAUUCAUAUACCGGGAGCGAUUCAGAAAUUUGGGGCCUUGGUCGGCAUUAGAUGCAAACCAGAAGGGGUUUUUGAGGUUCGAAUAUGCAGCGAGAACACGAUGCACAUUUUAGGUCGCAGUCCGGAAAGCUUGUUUAACUUAUCCUCAUUUUCGGAGAUACUGGACGAAGAAUCCCGUGAAGAACUCAGUACUCGCGUGGCCAAUGCCGUUCAAUGCCCCUCUCUAAGAAAUGAAGAUACCCAUCUUGACGUUUUUUCUGUGACUGUUCAAUCCUCAAACCACUCUCCAAUUCAGCUAUGGUGCGCGGUUCAUUUGCCACAAGACUCUGGCGAUAUAGUCAUUCUCGAGUUUGAAGUCUACUCUGAUGCUUUGUAUCUCAAAGGUCCGGAGGGAACAUCUACCCUCCCCAAAAAACCGGUAUCCGAGAACGACAUGGAAAUUACGCCGGAAGAACGAGAAAAGAGCACAACAAGCAAGAGCAAACCUCUGAGAGUUCUCCAAAUCGCCAAGCGCAAGGGGCAAAAGACUUUCACGUCCAUGGAUAUCUUCAAUGCUAUGACACAAGCCCAAGAACAACUUGUAGCCUCCCAGUCCCUGCAAGGAAUUUUUGACGUGGUUGAAGGUCUAGUCUCAGAGCUGACUGGCUUUCAUCGUGCCAUUUUCUAUCGUUCUGACGAAAUGAAGAAUGGAAGUGUGGAGGCUGAACUUGUGGAUGAUCGAGCCAGCAGCGAAAUCUUUAGAGGUACAGUACUACUCAGUUCCAUACAACUAGCUAUAUAUCUGACCCUAUUUCAGGCCUCCAAUACCGAGCUUCAGAUAUUCCCAGUAUGGUUUAGCAUCGCUCGAAUCUCUCUUCCAAAUACUCAUUAUGACAUAGAACAAGCAAGAGAAUUGUGCAAAAUAAAUCGGAUACGACUUUUGCAUGACAGAGACGGCGAAACAGCCAGACUAGUAUGUCCAAACAUUCCAUUCUACUAACCAACGUUAACCCGCCAUUGACAUGCUUCAGGUGUGUCGAGACGAGGCUGAUUUUGUUAAACCACUUGACCUUACUCACUCAUAUUUGCGCGCAAUGUCACCAAUAUAUCUCAAAUAUCUGGGAAAUAUGGGUGUUCGCUCUUCCAUGUCAAUUUCGAUUGUAAUCAACUCCGACCUGUGGGGGUUGAUCGCUUGUCAUCAGUAUGGAGAUACAGGGCUUCGGGUCUCCUUACCUAUCCGCGAACUUUUUCGAAAUAUUGGAGAAUGUGCCGCAUCAAAUAUCGAACGUCUGGUCAUGCUACAGCGACUUGAAGCACGUCGCCCACCUCAAACCGCCCCUCCCGCGCAAUCCCCGCAGGGGUUUAUCGCUGCUUCCUCUUCGGAUCUACUCCGAGCAUUUGACGCAGAUUUCGGCAUGCUUAGUAUCCAGGACGAAGCGCGUGCUAUUGGCAGACUAGACCCCACAGGGAAGCACUCGUGAUUCUUGCACAUUUACAAGGUCUUCGACUUAGAACAAUUGUGUGCUCACAAAAUGUCAACGCAGAUUUCCCUACUAUCAAUUACCCCCCAGGAAUUGAGGUGAUUUCCAGCUUGCUACUUAUUCCUCUCAGCAUGGGAGGAAAUGACUUCAUUGUCUUUUUUAGAAAGGGCCAACUCAAAGAAGUUCGAUGGGCAGGAAACCCAUAUGAGAAAAUUGUGCAACCGGGCACCCAACACUAAGUGUCCUGCAGCCUAGUAAGAAAUUUCAGACUCCAAGCAUAUGAAGCUAUUUCUCAAUCUUUCCAUUUAUCCGGUGGUCCAACUCUGAAAGCUUUCCCUGAUCGCUAACGCAUCAACUAUCUAGGAACCAGUUUUGCGCGAUGGACUGAGAGCGUCAUUGGAAAAAGUAAGGCAUGGACUGACGAUCAAUUGGACACAGCAACAGUCCUCAGUCUUCUCUAUGGUAGAUUCAUCGAAAUUUGGCGCCAAAAGGAGUCGGCAAGCCAAAACAGUCGUCUAACACGUCUCCUCAUUCGCAAUUCAUCUCACGAAGUCCGAACACCACUGAAUGCAAUCGUCAACUAUCUGGAAAUGGCACUUGAGACUGACAUAGAUGGCACUACGCGCGAUCUGUUAGAAAAGGCCCACAGAGCUUCGAGAUCUUUGAUUUACGUGAUUGAUGACUUGUUGAACCUCACCAAGGCAGAAGAUGGCCCUGUCAGCAGAGUUGGAAACGCAUUCGAUCUUGGUGCGACUUUUAGCGACGUCAUAACUGCUUUUCAGAAAGAGGCUAUACGCAAAGGUCUUGAUCUCACUGUCUCUACCCACCAAGGCAUUCCAGUCAUGGUCAAAAGCGAUCCUUCACGUCUGCGACAAGUUUUAUCUAACAUCACCAGUAAUGCUUUUCAGCAUUCUGUUAAUGGUGGUACCAAGGUUGAAAUCUGCCCUAUUCGUAACACUGAAAGUAACUCGGUUGUGGGUAUCUCUGUUCAAGAUGUUGGUUUGGGUAUGUCUGAAACUCAAUUGGAUGAUUUGUUCCCAGAGUUUGAACAGAUCGUUGAUGAAGACGAAUGGUCUCUGUCAUAUGACAAUACACCUCAGAGUAUAGAUGGAGGGAUUGUUCCUUCUUUGGGAGUCGGCAUUGCCGUUGUUGCUCGAUACGUUCGAAAUAUGAAUGGCCAGAUUCGAGUCAGUUCAGAGCUUGGAAAAGGUACUAUCUUUGGAAUUGAAUUGCCGUUCGAACAUGCACAAACUGGAGAUUUUCGAACAGCGGCAGGGCUAGCCAAAAAGUACCUACUUCCAAGGGCCGCCUCAUUCGACAGUAACUCAUCCGUCCCGAAUUCGCCAAUACCAAAAGAAGAUGCCGUUAAUAAAGAGUCUGAACCACAAUCGAAACCAAGUGAGGAAUCACUUAAACAUCGGCCUCUAAGAACCCUUAGCUAUGAUCCAGAGGUCAAUGACAAGGUUAAGAAGCCUAUUACUGCCUCUCGACAGGACCAACAAAACCUUGAUGGUGCAGAUGGUUCGAAUUGUAAUCCUUCUUUAUCGGUUUUGAUAGCCGAAGAUAAUCCAAUCAACGCCAGACUUCUUAGCAAGCGAUUGCUUAAACUUGGCCAUGAGGUUGAAGUUGCUUAUGAUGGACAAGAAUGUUUUGAUUAUUUUGCAUCUCGGAUACGUAAAGUAGACGUUAUUUUGAUGGAUAUACAGGUACGGGAUUUCGAAGCUUGUCCCAUUAACUCAAACUGACCCAUGGAUUCACAGAUGCCAUUGGUUGAUGGCGCACAAAGCGUCAAGAUGAUCCGUCGGCUGGAGGCUGAAUUGAAAAAUACUCCAAAUUCGCGCCCUAGAGUUCCUGUGAUUGCGGUGUCUGCUUCGUUGACCGAAGAUAACCGAUUCGUGUAUUUGCAAAGCGGGUAUGUUUAACCCUUCCUUUCCACUUCUGUUUUUAGUAACCCCCCCCCCCAUCGGUCGAACUAACAUUCUUGCCCUAGUUUCGACGCUUGGGUUCUAAAGCCCGUCAACUUUGGCAGGUUGGAACUGCUCUUGAAAGGAAUCAAGAAUCAAGAAGUGAGGGGACAAGCGCUCUAUGUCCCCGGAUAUUGGGAGGGGGGUGGCUGGUUCAUGCCAUGAUCUCUUCGAAAGCCUCGUUGAAGGUGUGUUGAAUGUUUGGCUGGCUGAUUUUUAUACUUGCUUUCUGUGUGCUGGGAUUUUCUUUUUCGUAUUGUGGGACUACAUACCCCCCUCGGCUGUUGGUUUCAUC